CCCGUCUUUGCCGGGUGCACACCAGUGCACACCUUUCCUCGGAAGUGUCGAAACACCGCACACCACACACCGUACAACUGCGGAAUCGUACGGUAAUCGUUAAUUACAAGUGUUUCGUCUCUUGCAGUCUUGCCUUGCGGCGCCGGUAGCAGUCCAGUGUCGGCUGAUGUCGGCCGGUGUUGCGUGGUGUGGCAUGGCGUGACUAUCGGACAGAACGAGCAGAAAUAGAGUCACCCGGCCAAAUAGGCGAUAAUCGGAGCAGCAUUCCAACUAAUUCCAAUAGCGCACGCGCGCGUUAGGCUGCAGGAACAGCCAAAACGGCGCAACCCGUGGCACGAGCGUUCUCUCGCCUCACUACAGUUACUACUCUCGUCUCGUCUCGUCCGUCCGCCGUUCGGUGGCACGUUUCAGAUCGCGCCGUAGGCCGUACAUGUCGAAGCGGCCAAAGCGGCUCCGGAACACAGAGAAAUGAAUAUUUUCCUAAAUAUAUCGGCCACCUUUUGGUCACCACACAUUUGGUUACCUCCUAACAUUACAUGGGAGGAUAUUAGUCCAAAUGCAGACAAUAAAUAUGCUAAUUAUCAGCAUUUAAUAUAUCCGCUGCCUAUGGCAAUUGUUCUUCUAGGAAUAAGAUAUACUCUUGAAAGGUAUUGGUUUGCUCCCUUUGGAAAAUCGCUUUCUAUAAAAAAUACUAGGAGCAAAAAGGCAGUAUCCAAUGAGAUAUUAGAAAAAGCAUAUCUUAGUAAAAAAACCAAGUAUAAACAGAUUUUGGCAUUGGCUAAACAAUUAGAUUGGUCUGAAAGGCAAGUAGAGAGGUGGCUUCGGCUGCGUCGUUCUCAAGACAAGCCGUCUACUCUUACAAAGUUCUGCGAAAGUUGUUGGAGAUGUUUUUAUUAUACGUAUUCAUUCUUCUAUGGCCUUGUUGUCCUAUGGGAUAAACCGUGGCUUUGGGACAUAAAAUAUUGUUUUUAUAAUUAUCCUUAUCAUCCCGUUACCGAUGAUGUGUGGUGGUAUUACAUGAUAUCAAUGUCAUUUUACUGGGCAUUAAGCUUUUCUCAAUUCUUUGAUGUAAAAAGGAAAGAUUUUUGGCAGAUGUUUAUUCAUCACAUAGCUACAAUUGCACUUAUGUGUUUUUCGUGGGUCGGAAAUCUAACGAGGAUCGGUAGUCUGGUCUUGCUUGUGCACGAUUCUGCGGAUAUACUCUUGGAGGCGGCAAAAUUGACCAAGUAUGCAAAUUAUCAAAGACUUUGCGACUGUAUAUUUGCUGCGUUUACAAUUCUCUGGAUUGUAACACGUAUGGGCGUGUACCCAUUUUGGAUAAUUUAUAAUACAUCUAUAGAGGCGCCUAAGAUAGUACCGAUGUUCUUCGCGUAUUAUAUCUUUAAUUCUUUAUUAAUUUUACUACUGUUUCUCCACGCAAUUUGGACUUAUUUAAUCAUUCAGAUCGCAUACCGUGCUUUCAAUGCUGGUCAGAUGGAAGGUGAUAUUCGCAGUAAUAGCAGCGACGAAGUAUCUGACACUUCGGUCAAUAAUACUCCCAUAAAUAGUACCGUAAAUUACACUAACAAAUCAAAUUCGAAACCAAAAGCCCACUAACAAGACGCAUGCCACAUAGGUCACUAUGUUAAAAGAUUGAUUCCAAGGUAAAAAAAUUCAUCCGAACGUUUAGCCAGGGCUAAUUUUUCUUCCUACAAGUAUAAUGAAAUCUUGAAUACGACUUUAAUCUUAUAAUCCAAGACGCUAACGUUAACAUACCUAUUUAAUCUCUCAUGAAAUUAAAAUGUAUACUUUUCUCCUAUUUCCCAUCAUAAGUGUUUCUCUUAAAACAGUUCAAUGCUUUGUCACAAAUUUGCUUGUGAUCCUCUCAAAUUUUAAAUAUAUUUGCGUUUAUAUAUAGGAAUGCAUUAUAUACAUAUAUAAAGAACAACGAAAGGAAAAAAACAAGAGAGGAUAAAUCUUGAAAUACCAACAAUUCGCGCGUUCCGCUAAUUAUAACUUCACUUUAUUUAAGAAUUAACUAUAAGUAUAUAUAUUUCUUUUUGAACGAAUUCUUAAUGCUUAGUUAAGAUAAGAAUGGACCAAAGCCGCCAAGACGUUCGGUAUCUGACCACCGUCGGGUCUUUCAGAAUCUAAUAUCACGUAAAUACUUUUUGAAAACUGUAUUUAUUUAUUUUUUUAUACUUUGUGAGCAUUAGUUAGUGUGAUUCAUAAGUAUAAAAACAAUUCAAUUAAUAAUAAAUUUCUAUUAAUUACAUACGAUUCUCUCUUAUUCUAUUUCUUGACGCGAAAUUCAAUUAAACCGUGGGUCAGCGCAUAAUUCACAAAUUGCGACGAUAUAAUUUAGCUUGAGCGCAUCACAAUUAAUGUAUUCCACGAUGUCUAUAUAUCGCUUGAGCUAUCGAAAAGGGUAAUUUUUGCAUUUGUAUAAAUAUAUAUCAAUGAAUAAAUUUAUGUAAAUUGUACGUUAAUUGUGUACUUACAUGAGUACUCACGAGUACACACGAGUAUUCACGAAUCGUCAGUAUUAUUCUUAUGUAAUACUAGAAUCGUCUUCGUGUAUCUCCAAUAAAAUUUCUUUAUUGAUUCUCGAAUGCUCUUGUUUUUGCUUAUUUGUUCUCUCUCUCUCUCUCCCUUUUAAUGCAUAUAAAAAAUAGUGUUAGACGCUCCAUUACAUAAUACUUGUUUAAAACGUCCGCCAUUU